UGAUGGUGAUUUUUUUCAUCUUAGAUGUUGUGCUCAUAUCAUUAAUUUGGUAGUACAAGAUGGGUUGAAAGAUAUUGAUAAUGUUGUUCAUAAGAUUCGGGAAAGUAUUAAAUAUGUAAGAGGGUCACAAGUAAGAAAACAGAAGUUUUUAGAAUGUGUUAAAUUGUUGUCAAUGGACUCUAAGAGAGGUUUGAGGCAAGAUGUGCCUACUAGAUGGAACUCUACAUAUUUAAUGCUUGAAAGUGCAUUGUACUAUCGACGUGCCUUUUGUCAUUUGGAGCUAACUGAUUCAAAUUAUAAAAGUUGUCCUUCUAGUCAUGAGUGGGAGAAGAUUGAAAAGAUAAGUAGAUUCUUGGGUUUGUUUUAUGAUAUCACUUGCAUAUUUUCGGGCACUAAAUAUCCUACUUCAAAUUUGUACUUUUCCUCGGUUUUCUUUUGUUAUGUUACAUUGAAGGAAAAUAUUGAAAGUGAGGAUGAUUACUUGAGAACCAUGGCUAAUCAAAUGCUUAAAAAAUUUGAGAAGUAUUGGUCAGAAUUUAGUUUGAUAUUAGCCAUUGCAGUGGUUGUGGAUCCUCGAUAUAAGCUUCAAUUGGUAGAUUGGUGUUAUAGAAAAAUUUAUGGAGCAAGUGGUUCUAGUGAGUUUAUACGUGUGAAGAGCAAAUUAUUUUCAAUAUUUAAGGAGUAUGUUCAAAAAAGAUCUUUGACAUCUUCUACACAUUCUUUGGAGAAAGAAAAGAGUAACACAUCUUGUGGUGUUGGAGAAGAUGUCAUUUCUUUUAGAAAGACAGCUAGUUCCAUUUUGAAAGAAUUUAAUAUUUGUGAAAUUGAAGAGUUAGGUGCCAAUACACAAAAAUCACAAUUGGAGCUUUAUUUAGAGGAGCCAAGGAUGGCUACUGAAAUUGAAUUGAAUGUGCUUGAUUAUUGGAAAGCAAAUCAGUUUCGUUAUCCUGAAGUUGCUUCAAUGGCUCGUGAUCUAUUGAGUAUCCCUAUAUCCACCGUUGCUUCUGAAUCUGCUUUUAGCAUUGGUGGACGAGUAUUAGAUCAAUUUCGUAGUUCAUUAAAGCCUAGCACUGUUGAAGCGAUAGUUUGUACAAGAGAUUGGUUAUUUGGGCAAAGAGAAAAAUUUGAAGCACAACUUGAGGAUGUUACUGAAGAUGUUUUGAGCUGUGAUAUCAAUAAAGAAGAAUCUUCAAGUCAAUGCUCUAAUUAUGCUAAUACUCAAGCAUAAGGCUGGAUUGUUGAGCACCAAAAAUCGACAUAUUUGGUUUGGAAUGUGGACAUCGAUAAAUAAAUUUGGAGCAUAAUGAUAGUUAUGUCCUUUUUCCUUUGGUUUUAUAUGUAUUAUGAUAACAAUUUGAUACCAUUUAUUUUAUUUUGUAUUGGUGUUUUACUAUUAUUAGGACAUUAAAUUUUAUGUUGGUGUAUUGAAUUUGUCUUUUUUAGCACAUAUUAAGACUUAUGUAUUGUGAAUUAUAA